AUGAUUAUCAAAAAAUUAUCAUAAGUUGAAUUACUAAAAAAUUAGGAUUUAGAGUGGCUUUUAAUUGAUCUUCGUAAAGAACACUUAAUAAUAGAAGAAUAUCUAACAGAAUUAAGUAAAUAUUUUGCUAAAUAGCCACAAGCUUUAUAGUCGUUAAAACUGUACUUUGGUGAAAUCGCUUAAGUUAAUCAAUUAAUUGCAUGUAAAAUAUCAUAAGGAAUAAUAAAUGCUAAAAAUCUUAAAGAAAUUAUUGUUGAUUUAAAUGGAAUUAGUGUUGGAGAUGAGGCCAUAUUUAAUCUUACCUUUGCUUUUUCAUAAUGCCGCUUUUUAACUAAUUUAUAAUUAAAUUUUAAAAACGCAUAAAUUGGAUGGUAUGGAAGCCAAUAACUUGGAAAAGCUUUAUCAUAAUGUUAAAAUUUAACUAAUUUAAACCUUUAAUUGAAAAAUAAUAAUCUUGAUUCUAGCAGUAUUUAAGAAAUAAGUUAAUCAUUUGAGCUAUGCAAAAAUAUUUAGUUGCUUAACUUAUAUUUACAAGCUAACAACUUUUAGUAAGAAGGAGCCUCAAAUUUAGCUUAAUCAAUCUAAAAAUGUCCUGGAAUUAGAUUUUUAACUCUUUUUAUUCAAUCCAACUAUAUAAAUGACGAAGGAGCAUAUAGAAUAGGAUAAGCUAUUUCUUAAUUAAAAAACUUAGAGCAUAUUUUGUUAAAUAUGAAAUGGAGUAAUAUUGGGGAUGUUGGAGUAACUAAAAUAUUCUAAGGAUUAUUAGAAUGCAAAAAAAUAGCUGAUAUAAAUAUUAAUUUAUUAUCUAAUAGGAUAACUAAUAAAGGGUUAACUCAAUUGGCAGAGUUAAUCUCAAGCAGUUAACAUUUAACAAAUCUUAAAAUAGAUUUAAGAUGGAAUAAUUUUGAUGUUGAAGGUGAGUUUUUAAUUUUCAAGGGAAUAUCGAAAUCUAAAAGUUUAAAAAAAGUGUCUACAUAUUUGCUUUAAAAAAAUAGUGAAGCUUACAAUUUAUAAUAGUUAAAUUUAGGAAUUCUUAAAUUUGAAACAAUAGAAGAACUUCUAAUUAGUAUGAAAGGUAAAGAGAUAGAAAGCUUAGGAGUUAGCAAGAUUACUCAAGGCUUAUUAUCAUUUAAAAACUUAAAGAAACUAAAAUUAAAUUUAAAUCAAGAUGAUAUUGAUGAUUAAUAAUUGUAAUCAUCUUCAAUAAACUUAGAGAAAUUGUAUUAGAUAGAUCAAUUGUCAAACAAGAUUGAAAAUUUAGGAGUAGAAAGUCUGUUUAAAGCUUUUUAAAAACUUAGCCAUUUAAAUAAAUUAUGUAUUGAUUUAAGUUUCAAUAAAAUAACUUUAUAAGGAGUUGACUGUAUAAAAGGGAUUUCUCAAAUUCAGAAUCUAACAUUUUUAAAAAUUAAUUUGGACAAAAACCAAAUAAAAUAUGUUUUGUAUCUAAAUGAAGCAAUAAAGAAUUGUACUCGGUUGAAAACACUGAUAUUAAGUCUGAAGCAAACUUAAAUAAAAGAUGAAGAUGCUUUGAAUAUAAGUAAGGGAUUAAACGAUUUGAAUAACUUGAAUUACUAUGAACUAAAUCUUAUGGAUAAUAGUAGGAUUAACGACAUGAACAUAAAAAGGAAAAUAUACGAAUAAUGCAUAAGAUCAAAGAAAUUAGUUUAAUUUUAAUUUCUUAAAUGA